AUCUAUAACAAUGUGGGUAUUAUGUGCACGCAAUAUUGUUGCUGACUGAUAUGUUGUACAACAUGACAUGCAAACGUAUUACUUGCUGCGAUCUCAAAAACCAUAUCACAAUCACUGAUCAAAAACAGCGGACACGUGGUUUCUAGAUGUUUAUCGCGCAUUCUAUAUAAGGUUUAGUACAGGUAAAAUGACACUAUUAUUUCUGAUCCUAGAUAAUUUAUUUGUUGGUCAAAGAAUGAAGUGCGAGUACAUUGCGGUGAAAACAUUAUAUUUAUUCGUAACUUUAUUUGGAACUACUAAGGGAGAUGAAUGUUACCGUGCAGAAUUUUCAGAAGAUGUCUGGCCCUGUGCCGAUUUUGACAAUGAGGUCAUGAAAUGCGACCCUCUCGAGCUUGGUAUGGUGGAUGGAAAGGAGGGGGAAUUGGGCUUGCAAGGAAUGAUCGGAAUUGAUGCCGAAAUAGAGAAUGGAACAAUGAUGAACAUCGAAAUAUGGAAAAUCACGGAUAUUGGAAAGGAAUACCUGUACCAUACUCAGGGUGAGAUAUGUGGCAGUUUAAAAGACGAGAACACACCGUGGUUUCCUUUGAUUGAUGCAAUGAAGAUAAAAGAAUGCCCUAUAGCAGUGAAAAAUUAUGAAGUAAAAAAUUUGGUAAUCAAUUUGGAGUACACCAAGAAUAUUUUGAACCAUGAAAUGUGCGGCGCAUAUGUUGCGCGAAUGUUCAUGACGAAAGAAGUAGAUCAGAUAUCUUGUCACGAGCUAGGAAUUUUUAUAAGUGGAUACAGUUGCGAUAAAACUGAAGACUAA